CUGUUGCCCGGUUUGGGACUCGUUUGUGUUUUGUUUAUUUUCAGUCAUAUAGUAUUGUAGUAGUACUACUUACUUAUAGUGUUGUACUCAUACUAAGCCAUGCUCUGCUGUCUCAUGUGGUCUAUCCAAUUGUCGGCUGGAGAUCAAUAAUCAAUUUUUGCGACACUGAAAUCCAGUUCACUACGUGAACACUAACCAUGAAACUGUUGACUCACAAUUUGCUGUCGUCCAAGUGUCUGAAAGGAGUCAAAGUAGGAUAUCCACUUCGCAUUGUCGCGAAAGAUGUCAAGAUAUCCGAAUCUGAAUUCAACAAGGAGUUUGUGAAGAAAAUCAUUCCGAAGCUUGAUUGGAAAGUUUUUGUUAACGCUGCUGUGCAAAUUGGUCAUGGCAAUGACCUGUCUGAUGAGUUAAUCGAUGAUUAUGAAGACGAUGAAGAAUAUCUCAAAAAAGUGCACCAUCUACUCAUGGAAGUAGAAAUUAUAAAUGGCGAACUUAUAUGUCCAGAAACAGAGCGAGUAUUCCCAAUAUCAUCUGGUAUACCUAAUUUAUUGUUAAAUGAAAAUGAAGUAUCAUAAAUUCUAUAUUCAAUUAUUUUUUGUGUGUUUAAAUCAUACCUGUAUGAUAUUUAUUAAGAUUUAAUAUACUAUUUAACCUGAUCUAUAA